AUGUCUGCGACGGCAGAUUGGAGACAGAUCGAAAACCCUGGCGCUCAGCCUUAUCGCAUCUUCACUAGACCUAUCAUCAAAUCUGAACAGGAUGAUAGAGAAUAUCGGAUAAUAGAGCUGGAGAAUGGCCUCAAGGCUACCCUUGUUCAUGACGCUAAAGCAGACAAAGCAGCGGCUAGUCUUGACGUCGCUGUUGGACAUCUUUACGACCCAGAUGAUAUGCCAGGACUUGCUCACUUCUGCGAACAUCUACUAUUUAUGGGAACAGAAAAAUUCCCCCAGGAGAACGAAUAUUCAGAGUUUCUCUCAAAAAACAAUGGUGGAUCGAAUGCAUAUACAGCAACUUCCAACACCAAUUACUACUUCAAUGUUUCAACGUCGGCAUUGUCAGGUGCGCUAGAGCGCUUUGCCGCGUUCUUUCACUGCCCACUCUUUGCUCCAUCAUGUACAUCUCGUGAAUUAAAUGCUGUGGAUUCUGAGCACAAAAAAAAUCACCAAGCAGAUAUGUGGCGUAUCUUUCAACUGAACAAACACUUGACGAAACCCGGUCACGUAUGGUCCAAGUUUGGUAGCGGAAAUAGAGAGAGCUUGUCAAAAGCGGCCAAGGAUCUUAAAAUACAGGGCAAACUCGAGGGCGCUACUCUCUUAUCUGCCAACUCCUCCCCCGGAUCGUCUGGCAAAGCUUCUCCGGCCCCCUCGACUGUUAGUGAGUCAGACGCGGAUGGUGGUGCAGUUGGUCGCGAAACUCGUCGCCGGCUAGUCGAAUGGUGGACCAAAGAAUAUUGUGCUAGCAGGAUGCGUCUAUGUAUCGUAGGCAAAGAAUCUUUGGAUGAUCUUUCCGAACUUGCGACAAGGUUUUUCUCCCCAAUCCCUAAUCGGGGAAGAGAUCCCCUUCCGAUGAUUUUUGAUCAUCCAUUUGGCACUGGGGAAAAAGGGACACUUGUUUCAGUUCAAACCGUCAUGGCUUUCCACGCUUUAGAAAUCUCUUUCCCAUUGGAAUAUCAACCUCCAUUCUGGAAGCAUAAGCCUGCCAACUUUCUUUCGCACUUUGUGGGUCAUGAAGGGCCUGGUUCAUUGCAUUCCUAUUUGAAAAACAAACAUUGGGUCACCUCUUUGAGCUGUGGCCCUCAAAACCUUGGCAGGGGAUUUGCCAUGUUUAAAAUAACUGUUUAUCUGACUCCGGAAGGUUUUGCAAAUUAUAGAUCAGUCAUACAAGCAGCGUUUAAAUACCUUGCUUUACUUCGAUCAUCUAAACUGGAAUCAUACCACCAUCAAGAAGUUGUCAAUCUUUCUAAUAUACGGUUCCGAUUUGCUGAAAAAAAGCGCCCCGACGAUUAUGCGACAUGGAUUGCGGAGCAUAUGGCCUGGCCAAUUCCUGAGCACCUCCUCCUUGCCGCGCCGCGAUUGACCUGGGAUUACGAAAACGAUUUAGACAGGCAAAGAGGCGAAGCCAAAGUUAUGGAAUAUCUGGAUAAAUUUAGGAUACAGAAUGGCCGAGUUGUCCUUAUGGCUAAAGAGGAUGAUCACCGCAAAAUUCACCCUGAACUGGUCUGGGAAAAAGAACCAUGGUAUGGGACAGGCUACGCUGUUCAAAGAUUUGAUGAUGAAUUUGUGGCCGAGGCCAAUAGUUUCAACGACAUCUCUGAAUUAUUCGUCCCUAGACCCAAUGAGUUCAUUCCGACUAAUCUCGACGUGGAGAAAAAAAUCGGGCCUUUGAAACGACCUCAUCUUAUAAGACAAACUCGGGUAUCAUCUCUGUGGUACAAAAAAGACGAUAAAUUCUGGGUGCCAAAAGCGCAUGUUGUAUUUGAUAUACGCAGCCCACUGACAAGUGCAUCAGCACGAACCUCAGUGCUUACAAGACUAUACUCUGACAUCGUCAAUGACUCACUUACAGAAUUUUCAUACGACGCUGAUCUCGCCGGUCUGUCAUACAACCUUUCAUCUACAAAUACUGGUCUGUACAUUACCAUGAAUGGAUAUAACGAUAAGAUGUCUGUGCUGGUGCGACAUGUCCUCGAGAAGGUGAAAGGCCUUGUCGUCGAUGCUCAGAGGCUCGCAGUUGUCAAAGAAGAGCUUCGAAGGGAGUACGAGAAUUUCUCUCUCGGUCAAUCAUACUCUCUCUCCGAUUAUUACGGACGUUACCUCAUGGCACAACGCCAGUGGACUAUCGAUGAAAAGCUGGCAGAACUACCUUCCAUCAAUGCAGACGAUGUCCGGACCCACAUGGAAGAACUUCUGAAGCAAGUGAACGUCAGAAUUCUGGUGGCUGGGAACAUGUACAAAGAUGAAGCCAUCAAAGUAGCAGAGAUCGCAGAAGAACGCCUUAACCCGACCAGUCUUUCUCCUUCCGAGCUGAAUGAAAAAUCGCUUCUGCUCCCUCCAGGCUCAAAUUAUAUAUACUCUGCGCCGUUGCCCAACAAGAAUCAAGCAAAUUCCGCUUUAACUUAUUUCACCUACUACGGCCCCGUGGUCAACCAGAAACUGCGGGUUACAUCCGCACUCCUUACUCAAAUUUUAAGUGAACCGGCUUUCAAUAUCUUGCGAACUAGGGAACAAUUGGGUUAUAUCGUCUCUUGUUCGUCUUGGACUCUGCCUGGCUUUAGUGAAAGAGGCCUACGUAUUGUGGUCCAAAGUGAGAAGCGACCAACAUAUCUGGAAGAUCGUGUGGAUGCCUUUUUGGAAGAAAUGAAAAUCAAACUCGAGGAUAUGUCUCUUGAUGAAUUCGAUGUCCACAAAAGUGGUCUAGAGAAAAAGUGGCUCGAGGCAGAUAAAAAUUUGGGGGAAGAGGUUUCCAAAUAUCUUAUCCAGAUUAACAGUGGGCAUUGGGAUUUCUUAAGGAAUGAAAAAGACGCGGAAAUGUUGAAAGGCAUUACCAAACAGGAUGUCCUCGAUCUUUUCCUUACCAACGUUCACCCAUCUUCAACGAAGAGGUCUAAGUUAUCAGUUCAUAUGGUUUCUCAAAAACCCCGACCCAAGGGGGUAAGUUCUCUCGCAAUCGAGGCGUUUGAAGGCAUGGUCCGCAAAGAAUUCCCUGAUAUCGAUGAAAAGUCAUGGAAAACUUCUUUGGAGAAGGAAAACCCUACCAUCGUCGAAUUUGGACAACACUGGGCGAAAAUAUUGAAUUCUGAGGAAGGGAGAAAGCUUGUUUCUCAAUUACCUUCCCUUGUGGAAAAGUAUCCGGUUCAGGGCGAAGAAACCGAGUCGCCAAGGGUAGGAGUUACGUAUAUCGAGGAGAAGAAAGCCUUUAAAAACACCUUAAGGGCUUCAGUCGACCCCGGUCCAAUGAUGGAGUGGAACGACCUUCCUGUUUCGAGGUUCUAG